AGCACUGCGCAUGCGCACGUUCCUCCCCAGUUGUCUGUUGACAAACGUGACCAACGCUUAUCUCUCUCUCUCCCCGGCGAAAAACUGGAAUAAAAUGUGAUUUCACAGGAUUCUGUCCACGCUGCGAGGCUUCGGGAGGAUUCUUCAUGAAGUUGUGAAUCCACUCUAAACUGAAACCAUGCUGAAAUGGUUCUCCGGGGAAGAGGGAGAGCCCGGCUCCAUGGGCCCAGGCUCUCCCCGGGCUAAUGCUGCUGCUGCUGCAGGCGGAGAGGUCGCUGUAGAAGAAGUGACAGAGCGUCUGGCUCAAACCGAGCAGCUCGUCUCUCAGCUGAAGGAGCUGAUCCGGGAGAAAGACGCAGUGCUUCGCUCCAAAGAUGACCAACUCAAGGUGGAGAAGGAGACAUGCGAGGCCAAGCUGUCAAAGCUGCGUCUGCAGAACAAAGCUAAGGUGACCUCGCUCAACGCACAGCUGGAGGAGCUGAGGAAACAACAGGGGGGUCAGGGCACGCCGACACACGGCAAAAAGGGCUCAUCAGAAGGAGAUCAGGCCAGCCGAGGAAAGAUAGUCCUCCUGAAGAAGAAGGUAGAGGAGCUGGAACAGCAUCUUGCACAGAAAGUGGAACAGCUGGACAGCAAGAUGAAGGAGGUCGAGUUUCAGCGGCAGCGAGGCGAAGAUAUGGACGCCAUGCUGACUGAGAAGGACAGGAAGCUGGCAGAAAAAGAGGCCUACAUCGUCCACCUUCAAACGGCGUUAGCAGGAGAUCAGCCGGUCGCACCGCCAACACAGCAAAAGGUGCCAGAGGACGGCGGAGCGAUGCUGGAGCUGCAGAUGCUGGUGCAGACUCUGACCAGGAAGGUCGGGGAGUCCGAGGAGCGCUUCAGUUUGCUGCAGGAGCAGGCGGACAGCCUCAAAGAGCUGCUGGACUCGGAGAAGGAGCAGUACAGUCAGAAGGAGAGCAUGUACAAACAAAACAUCCAGACGUUCAAAGACAUCAUCAUUCAGAAAGACACCCAGCUGUCGGAGAUCAACCAGAUGCACGAACAGGAGCUCUUCAAGCUUGCAGCAAAGUCUGACGCCAGUGCAGACUUGGAGCAGCUUCUGAAGGCUCUGAAACAGAAGCUUCAUGAGAAGGAGGAGGUGCUGCUGGGGAAAACUCAGGUCAUCGAUGUCCUCCAGGGAGAGGUGGAUGGGAGGGACCAACAGAUACAGGAGCUCACGGAGCGGCUGCGGCGGCUACAAGUCGAACGAGAGAGCCUGGAGUCCAAGAUGGAGGCGGAGAAGCAUGUGAUGAGAGCACAGCUUCGCGACCUGAUGGAGAAGCAGCGGGCGGAGGUGCAACGAAUGACAGAGCAGCAUGAGGCCCAGAUGGCUCAGACGCAGCAGGACCUCCUGCAGCAGCUGGAAGAGAUGAGGAGGGCGCAGGCAACAGCGCCACCUGUCAGUCAGGAGGCCUCAGGAGGGGGAAACACGGCGAUAGAUUCAGCAUCAAGUGAAAGGAUCGCUGAGCUCCAAGCACAAGCAAAACAAAAAACAGAAGAAGCCAGCAGGUCGGAGGCUAAGUUCUUGAAAAUGAAGGCCUGGUCUAAAUCUCGGAUCAGACAGCUGGAGGAGGAGUUAAAGAAAAGCCAGGCUGGUGUUGCUCCACCAGACCUGAAUGCCCUGAGGAGUCAGAUAACAGCGCUGGAGGAGGAGCGGGAGGAGAACCUGUGGAAGGUGGAGCAGUACGAGGAGCUCAGAGCAAAGAAUGACAUGCUGGAGGCGAAGCUGGUCGUAUACGAGGAGCAGCAGAGGACACUACAAGCAGACCUGGAGCAGUUCACCAAGAGGGCUGCCUCUCAGACAAGUGAGUCGGGCAGCGCUGACGACACUCAGAGCCAGGUGCUAGAGUGGCAGGAGAUGGUGACUGAGGCGGUCAGUGCCAGGGACCGGGCCAAGGAGGAGAAAGCUGCCAUGGCUCUCCGCAUCAGCCACAUGGAGGAGGAAAGAGAGGCACUGGCCUCUCGGCAGCAGGAGUUGGAGGAGGAGCUGGCUCAGUCUCGGGGGCUCGGUCAGCACAGGGCCAAGAAGCUGACGGCUCCAGCCCAGCGAAGCCUGCAGGAGGACUUUGAGUUUGACGGGCAGGCCCCGUUCCCGGACCCUCGGAGCACCUCGGAGAGCACGACCCCGAUGGAGGGAGAGAACAUGGGAGGUUGGUGGCCCGAGUACAGUUCUCCUGACACAGAUGGUUUGCGUUCGGUUGUGGAGGAGCUGGAGUUGGAGAGGAACCAGCUUCAGGAGCAGAUCCUGACCCUGGAGGAGCGCUGUCAAGAUCUGGAGGAUCGGCUGCAGCUGCAGGCUCGCAUUGAGACAUUACAGGUGACGUUUGAUGUAGAUGAAGAUGAGCAGCCAUUUUGGGUCUCUCAGAAUGAGUCAGAGAAACUGCAGAGCCAGCUUGCCAGCGUCAGGAGUCAACAGAGCAGAGACGCAGAGAAGCAUCAGCUGCUGGUUGGCAGUCUCAACGAGCAGCUCAAAGGACUGAGUAACACACAGGAGUGCCUGGAAAGCUCUCUCAUCGAGAAGGAGAACACGUUGGCGAAGACGUCUGAGAAACUGGAGCUCAUCAGCAGCCUCCGAGAGUCUUUGACUGAGAAAGAAGCUCAGUACAAAGAUGUGUCAGACAGACUCCUCCAGACUGAGCACGCUCUUGAAAGCGUUAGCACGAAAUGCAGCAGCUCAGAGAAACAGCGCUCCGAGCUGAAGACUGAAGUGUUGGACGUCACGCAGAAGCUGAACGUGCUGAGGGAGAAGGCACAAAAGCAGGAAGUCACCAUCGAAACUUUACAAACUGACCUGGAUCAGACCAACGAGGAGCUGGACAAACUGAACACCGCCUACCUGGAAGAACGAGCCCAGCUCAUUCACGAUCUUCAAAGCUGCGAGCGUGAAAUCGACAGCCUCAAAGACGUCCUCGUGGAAAAGGACAAAGAGAUCACGACGCUCGCUGGUAACAUGGCCGAGUACGCAGAGCAGAUCACCGUGCUGAAGCAGGAGAUCAAACUCAAAGAAGAGAGCCUGGUUCAAGUAGAGAACGCGCUGAGCAAAGCAGAGCGGGAGGCCAUGAUUAUGAGAGAGUCACAGAGCUCAGACCAGCAGGCUCUGGACGGCAGGAUGACGGAGCUGAUCGGGAGCCUGAAGGACGCUGAGGCGGAGCUGAACACAGUCAAAGAAGAAAGAGAGUCCAAAGUGAGCGAGGUGGAACAUCUGAUAAAGCAGACGGAGGAGGACAAGAUAACGAUCCAGGAGCUGCGAGGAGAGCUCCAGAAGCAGGCUGUGAGCCAGCGUAAUCAUCUCUCUGAAUGUGAAUCACACAUCUCGUCUCUGAAGGAGCAGCUGACGUCAUCCAACCUGAAGCUGCAGGAGUCAGACGGCCUCGUUGUGCAGCUCAAGGACAAAAACUCUGGCGGCGAGCGACUGCAGCAGCAGCUCAGCGAGAAAGAGCAGGAGCAUGAAAAAGAGCUGAAAGCUUUCAAGGAGGAGCAGAACGAACUGAUAGCACAGCUGGAGAAAUACAAGAACGACAUGCAGACGUUAUCGAUGAGCGAGGAGCAGGUCAGGAAGGAGAUGCAGGUGAAACUGGAAACCAUAACAUCUCUGGAAACUCGGCUAAAAACAAGUGAUGAACAAGCCGAGGAUGAGAGGAAGAAGUUCAACAACGAGAUGCAAGAGCGGGUUUCAGAGAACGAGAAACUGAGCAGUGAGCUUCAGAGUAAAUCUGAAAACAUCUCCAAACUUAAGAAUUCAUUAAAGAACAUCAAGACUGAGAAGAAGCAGCUGCAAGAGAAACUCACAGGGCUGAACGAGGAGCUCGAGCUGCAGAAGAAGAACGAAAAGCAACUUCAUGAAAAGGUGGAAUCAGCUCUCGAGCUCAACUCCAGUCUCCAGAAUCAAGUGCAAGGCCUCACGGAAGAGAAGGAGACUCUUGAGAAGGAAGUAGCUGAAAGCGUCAAAUCUAUGUCAGAGGUUAAAGGUGAGAAGGAUUCCUUACAAGACAAGAUAUCUGCGCUGGAAACACAGCUGUCACAAAAUACAACAACAAUCCAGCAGCUGCAGAAAGAGAAAGAGGAGCUGACGGUUCAGACUCAAGAGUUAAACAGAGUCCUGGAGCAGAGCUCAAACUCAAACUCUGAGAUCCUUCUGGAGAAAACGAACGAAUGUAGUCAUCUUCAGCAGCUCCUCAGGGUCAGGGAGGAGACGGUGACGCAGCUGCAGGAGAGAGUUCACAACCUGACCUCUGAGGUGGAGCAGCUCCAGCAGGACGUGGCAGAAAGAGAGCGGACUCUGAGAGAUCAAACUGAGGCUCAACAAAACGAGAAGACGCAGCUUCAGGAGACUCUGUCGCUGCUGCGAGAGCAGGAGAGCGGUCUGAAGGCCGGGCUGAUGGAGAAGGACGCAGAGCUGAAAGAGAAGCAGAGCGAAACGACAGUUCAGAGUCAGCUGGUGUCCAAACUACAAGCAGAAACUGAGUCACUCAAAGGAGAACACUCACAGCUUCAGCAGCAAAUCAAAGAGAAGGAGGAAAUGUUGAAGAAAGUGAAGCAGCAGUGUAAAAAACACAAAGAAGAGCUGAACGAGAAAAACAAGGCGGUUAAAUCUCUGAGCCAACGAGUCGCAGGGAUGGAAGAAAAUGCACGAAAGCUGGAGUCAGAAGGAGAGAAGAGAGAAGCAGAGACGUCUCACUUGAACAGUCAGAUCCAGGCUGUGACCGAGGAGAGCGAGAAGCUCCGUGCUGCAUGUGAAUCCAGAGAGAAGGAGCUUUCUCUGCAAGCUGAGGCUCUGUCAGACCUUGACCGACAGCUCAAAGCUACACUGGAAGAAAACUCCAGUUUCAGCUUGAAGAUAAACACGUUGACAGAAGCGGGUCAGAAACUACAGAAGGAGCUAGAUCAGAACGUCAAAUCAGUGUCAGAGCUCACAAACGAGAGGAGUUUACUCCAGGAGCAGAAGUCUGAGCUGGAGAUUCAGAGCGCAGAGAGUAAGAGAACAAUCGAAGGCCUGCUGAAGGAGAAGGAGGCGCUUACUUACGCUGCAGAGGAGUUCAAGAAGAUCCUGAAGGAAAGUGAAGAGUCCAACUCUGCAGGUCUGCUCCAGAAAACAAGUGAAUGUGCCGAUCUGUCCAAGACGUUACGAGAGAGAGAAGAGCAACUCCAGAGUCUACAGACGCAGGUAGACGGCUUCAAAACCCUCGUGGAUGAACUCAGUGAGUCUCUGAGAGAGAAGGAACAAACCGUGUCAGAUCUGAGAGCACAGAUGGAAGCUCAGCAGAACCAGCUCCUGCAGCUCCAGGACACCGUGUCCAUGCUGCAGGAGCAAGGAUCCGUCCUCAAGUCAGGGCUGAUGGAGAAAGACGUUCUGUGUCAGCAGAGAGCGGAGGAGUGCGGUGUUCUGCAGAACGAGGCCACGCAGCAGAAAAGCUUCCUCUCACAGCUGCAAGGCGAGGUCCAAUCCCUCAGGCGAGAGUGUUCGGAGGCAAAACAGCAGAUCGAGCAGAGAGAGGAGGCUUUCAAUGAAGUUAAAAAAGAGCUGCAGACUCAGAGAGAGGAGCUGAAUAAGAGGAACGAGUCAGUGGUCUCACUCAGCGGUCAGCUAGGUGCCAUGAAUCAGAACUCUGCAGAGAUGGAGGUGGAAGUUGUGAACCUGAAGACGGCCGUGCAGAAACUCACUGAAGAGAACAAACAGCUGACGCAGGAGGAGGAAGAGAAGAAGGCAGAGAUCGUCGAUUUUAAAGAUAAUGUUCAAGCUCUGAACGAGCAGAACGCAAGACUCAAAUCUGAGCUGCAGAAGAUCGUCACAGAGCUCUCCAGAGUCCAGAAGGAAGGGGAGGAGCUCAGAGGGGAACUCAGAAGUGUGCACUCAGAGAAGGAGUCGUUUAAUGUGACCGUGCAAGGAAAAGACGACUCCCUGAGGCAGCAGGAGGGUUUCAUCCAGCAGCUCCACGGCAGGGUCAUCGAGCAGGAGGAGCAGCUGAAGCAGAGAGCAGAAGAUAACGUCGGGUUGAGCGCGAAAGUUUCACAGCUUGAAGAUUCUGUGGCUCAGCUGAGAGGUCAGGUUGACGGUCUGACUUCAGAGUCCUCACAACUGAGAAGCACUUUGGAGAGAAAGGAAGAGUCAAGGCUUGAGUUUCAGAGUCAUUCUCAGGCAGCUGCUGAAAACCUGAACUCAGAUCUACAAACCAAAGAAGCCGAGUGUGAGAGCUUGAAGGAGCAGGUUUCACACCUCGAGGAGUCCGUCACAAAGCUCAGAAACUCACUCCAAGUACAAACAACUGAAGCUGAACGUCUGAAAACGUCCCUCCAAGAAAGAGACGCCUCUCUUCUGGACCAAUCAAAGACUCUGCAGGAGAUCCAGAGACGAGCAGACGAGGCUUUGCUCUUCAAAACGCAGUUCAUGGAAAGCACAGAGCACGUGUCGCAGCUGCAGAAUCAGAUCCAGAGUCUGGCCUCAGAGUCUGAAAACCUCAAGACGUCAGCGGAGGAAAUGCAAAGUGCCUUUAACAACCUUCAGGAGAAAUAUGCAACAAACUUAGAGGAGCUCCAGGAUGUGAGGAAGCAGCUGUCCCAAAGAACAGAGGAGGCGUCCAAGCUUCAGAGAGCGCUGGAUGAUUCCAGUAAAGAACAUCAGACUGCAAAGAGAAGCAUGGAAACGCUGAGGGAAGAGUUAUCAGAGGUUCAUCUGAAGCUGGAGAGAACUGAGAGCCUUAACUCGAGUCUGUCCAAAGAGAAAGAUGAAGCGUUCGCCUCCCAUCAAAAGAGCGUGUCUCUUCUGACCGUCGAAACAGACCGACUCAAAUCACAACAUCUGCAAGUCGUGGCACAAAUGAACGCUCUGACUGAAAACCUGGAGCAGAGAGAAAUGGCUCUCCACGCGAUCAACAAUCAGUACACAUCUCAGGCCAAACACGCGUCUCAGCUGGUCUCAGAGAUGCAGAGAGUCGAGGAGCAGAAUAAGAGACUUCACGAGGAGAUGAGCAUGUCCAAGGAGGAGCACCAGAAGCUCCUCACGGCCGUCAGGAACGAGAACACACACUUAAAAGAGGAGGUUAGGAAAGUGUCAGAGGAGAGGGAAGAGUGGGUGAGAAGACACCACGAAGAGCGGGAGCAGCAGUCCACCAGCAUGAGUGAAACGCUGCAGAGAAUGAAGGCCGAGAGGGAGAGCCUGCAAGCACAGGAGAUGAGGAUGGAGACACAAACUCAGAGAUCACCGCUUGGAAAAGGAAUCCACCAGGAGGAAAUGUCAGAGCUGAGGUCUGACACAGAGAGGCAGGACACUCUGCAAGCAAAGGAAACAGCGGUUCUGGCAGGCCAGAGUGGAUCGGAUGAGUUGGUGAGUCGUUUGGAGGCUGAGAGGAGUCAGCUCCACGGCUCCCUGCAGCGCUGCGUGUACGAGAUCCAACAAAGAGACCAGUACUUAAUGCAGCUCAACACCAAGCUGCAGCAGGCGGUGGAGGAGAAAGGAACUGUUGGCGCUCAGCUGAGGGCCGUCUCUCAAACUCUGAGGGACACUCAGAACCGCUGCCACUGGCUGGAGGGACAGAUCCAGAACCAGGCUCAGGGGUCAGUAUACGCUGAGGUUGCACCUGGAGCCCCUCAGGAGAAGAGCAACGACUCCAUGAUGUCUGAGACAGAUGAAGCUCAUCAGUUCAGAGAGAGGCUGCUGGAGGUGGAGCAGAGUCUGGCAGAUGAGCGAGCGCGCAGAGAGACAGCCGAGGAGGCUCUGCGACUCGCCGAGGACAGAGCAAAGAGUGUUGGUUCCAGCUCGUCCAGAGACAGCCAGAGAGACUUCAGUAUUGAGAUGGAAACCGAGGAGGAGUGGGACGCUCUCACUCUCAACCCCAAUCAGCCUCUCAUCACACGGAAGGUAAAAGGGGGCGUGGUCCUCUGCCGCCGCUGGCUCAGGGGGCGGAGCCUCUACUUCUCCAGGCUGCUGACGAGCCGCGCUCGCUCUCGAUACUUCUUCCUCGCCUACCUGUUCACAAUCCACGUGCUCGUCUUCAUGUGCCUCACCGGUGCCCUGUAACACGGACAGACACACACACACACACACACACACACACACACACACACACACACACACACACACACACACACACACUGGAGGUCUGAAAGGUUUUUUUUAACAUUUGAUUUUCUAUCUUUAAAAGGUGAACAAAGUAAAACACUAAAGCUGGCUCGUGGUCGGACAGAGCGGCGGUUUAAAGACACUUUGAUGGAUUCAGUUUUCAUUUGAUUAUUUAUUUUGUCAUGAUGUUUCGUCAGAAUUAAUUUCAGAUUAAUGUUAAAUCAAGCCUUAAAUCAUCAUCUCUCCCGGCUGUUCUCUCUAAAGAGAAGCAGUCUGGCUCCUUAAUGCCGGUCUGCUGCCUCCGGUCUGAUCUCUGAUCAGAAGAAUCCUCAUGUUUAUGGAGUUUAUCCUGAGAGAAGCUGGACGUCUGGUUUCUUCAUCUAAAAGCCUAAGAAGGUGCUGAAAGCCAUAUCCAUUCUCAUUAACACUACUCCCUCAUUGCCUCUUCACCUUGUUUCUGUUCUCUUAACCAGUAACCAGCAUGCUAACACGCCGUCUGCUGGUAACUAUGAAUGCUCUGAUACCUGCAUCAGCCGAGGAAACACCUCAGAUCCAGCCGACAGUGUGACACAGAUCAAAUCAGUAGAUGUCUUUCCUUUUGACAAACGAUACAUGCACGACUGACUGCUGGAGGAUGUGAGGUUUAUCAGGCGGCGCUGAAUGAAGCUGUUUUUCUGAAGCUCCUGCAAACCGAGUACGUUCAGGGGCCGCGAGUCGAGCUGCUGCUAACGUUAGUCAUCGCUGAGGUCUAUAAAGAUCCAGAAAGUUCUCCUCUGCACAGAUCUGUUAUUAACUCUUAAUGUGAGGCUCGAUUACACCAGAACAUCCUGUCAGUCAUCCUCAGUGUGGUUUGUUCAUCUUUAGAGGAGCUUUAACUUGAGCCAGGGUUUAAAAGCUGGAGCGAUCUUGUCCCCCUUAUUCAGGGUCAUGAAACCUGGGAUUCUGAGUCUCACGCUGCCGUUGGAUCUGAGCGGUCUCGGCUGAACGACGGUAUCAGAACAUCUCCGUUUGUUUCACAUCCUAAUCACGGAUUUCCUCACCAGCUUCUUCUUCUUCUUCUUCUUCUCCUCCUCCUCCUCCUCCUCCUCCUCCUCCUCCUUCUUCUUCUUCUUCUCCUCUUGCCUCUCUGGUUUCAUACUUUGCACAUAAUCGCGAUGCUGAGUUUAAACUAUGCACUGAGACUCCAAAUGUGUAAAUAGUCAUCUCGUCUAUAAGCUGAGAAGCACGACUACACCUCUCCCACUCCCUCCUGUUCCCUUUAAGCCAAAGGUGUUUGUGUUCUCACCUCGGCUCAUGCCUGUUAAACAAAGUGGGAGACAAAGGCUUCCAAACCUCCUUAAAUCUAACGCACUACGGCGGCGGCGACGGCGGUGUGCCAUUGAGAAUGGUCUGCAAAAAAAACACAGAGUAUAUACUGUACAGUGUGUUAAAGUGUCUGUAUUUAUUCGUGCAUCUGCAGAAAGUUUGCUGUGAAGUCUCACAGACUGUAUGUAUGUAUAUACACAUUUCUAUCCUCUCUGCUUGAUGACUGUACAUUUCUUUUGAUUGUUAAGAGUUUAAAAAUGCGACAAGAGGCGGGGUUUCCACAGAGAGAGCUCCCGGAGACGAGAGAAGAGCGGCUCUCAGGCUUCUGUAGAAACCCCCUGGCCUGCUGAUGGCACUGUGUCCCGUUGUUAUGUACAUACAGGAGUGAUUUAAGGACGUUAAAAAAAGAACUGAAUGAAUCUAUUUAUGAAAACUACUGAUAAAUUGUUCAGAUGGCAUAUUUUCUCUGCUGCCUCUAUUUUUAAGAGCGAGUGAUGCUGUCGGCCUUUUGAUGACACGAGGCUGAACUCUGUGCAAUACUGUGUCAGAGGGGAACCUCUCAGAUCCCCCGUCACCAUCUCCAGAGACAUUUAAUAAAAGCUUAUCCAACUUUUCCUCA